GGAAAACUCAUCACCGAGGGUUUUCUGGCUCGGGUAGGCGCGAACUUGGAGACGGUUGCAGUAAUUCGAGCACAAUCAAGAUUUCUGCGAAUUUGAUUCCCAGUUUUGGAUAUCAGCUAUCGUGGAUUCGGUGCUAUCCUGGGCUCUGCUGAAAACUAUUCCAUAUCUAGGACCGCGGGCCCGUUUUGCCAUAUCUCACGGGGCGCAGUAGUUCGAUCUGCACUACGCCUCCAAGCCAAGACAGCAUGGAGUUCACCCUCCUCAACCUUCUCCUCUUCCUGCCCGCUGUCGCCCUCUGUCACAAGUUCCUCUAUCGCUCCACACGUCGCUCCCUUCCUCUUCCUCCCGGCCCGCCGAAGAAACCGCUCAUUGGCAACCUACUGGACCUACCGGCUAAUCAGCAGUGGCUGACCUUCGCGAAAUGGAGCAAGCAAUACGAUUCUGACAUCAUCCAUGUAUCGGCCCUGGGGACGUCGAUUGUCGUCCUGUCAUCCCCUGAAGCGGUGAAGGAGCUUUUUGAGAAGCGCUCAGCCGUGUAUUCGAGUCGGGUCCAAGCGCCUAUGGUGAACGAGCUCAUGGGCUGGGGUGGAUUUAUUGGAUUCUUGCCCUACGGAGCAAGAUGGCGGAGCCACCGCAAGGCUUUCAUGCAAGCUUUCAAUCCUGAGGUAGUGAAGCAGUUUUAUUCGCAGCAGCGCAACGGCGUGCACAGUCUGCUGCGCCGCAUUCUCGCACAGCCAAAUGACGAUGUCAUCGGGCAGUUCUGGAUAUUUGCCGCGGGAAUUAUCAUGGAUAUCGCAUACGGUAUCAAGAUUCGCACUUCCGACGAUCAGUACGUCUCCAUCGUCGCGGAAGCAGUGCAUGGACUUUCCGUUGCGAGUGUUCCCGGGGCGUUUCUCGUCGAUAUCAUCCCCCCUCUCAAGUACAUCCCGAGGUGGGUCCCCGGAGCAGGGUUCAAGCGAGAGGCGCAGAAGUGGUGCAAAGCAACCAUGGAUGCCGUGGAGAUGCCCUUCAGCGAGACGAAGCGCAUGAUGUCCGCGGGUACGGCAUCCGCGUCGUACUCUUCCCUGCAUCUGCGCACGCUCGAGGAUCCGUCUUCGACUCUAUCGCCGAACGCCAAGAUCGCACACGAAGAGGUCGUCAAGUACACCGCGGCCGCGAUGUACGUUGCAGGUGUCGACACGGUGGUCUCGGCGCUGGGCACAUUCGUCAUCGCGAUGCUGCUGUAUCCCGACGUUCAACGCGCGGCGCAGCAGGAAAUUGACGAAGUCUGGGGGCACGGGAAUUUGCCAGACUUUAGCGAAGACGCCGAGGAGCGCAUGCCGUACCUUGGAGCUUUGAUCAAGGAAGUCCUCAGAUGGCGCAACAUCACGGCCGUUGCAAUUCCACAUCAGAGCGAAGCGGAGGACGAGUACAAGGGCUAUCGGAUCCCCAAGGGCUCGGUAGUAAUCGGGAACACCUGGGCGAUUUUACAUGACGAGGUUCGAAUGGACUCGCACACUCUAAUCUCUCCGGCUCAUGAUCGAAAACAGGAGAUGUACUCAGACCCAGAUACAUUCAAGCCUGAGCGAUUCUUACUGAACGGCAAACUCAACAAAGACAUCCGCGACCCCGAGGCGUUCAUCUACGGCUACGGUAGAAGGCAUGGAAUUUGCCCGGGCCGAUACAUGGCUUCCAACUCGCUAUGGCUUACCAUCGGAUCCCUGCUGUCUAUGUUUGACUUUGUCAAGACGGAGGGAACGCAGGACGAAGGUCAGUAUGGGUGGUUCUGGGGCCUCAUCUCAACCCCGCUGCCGUUCAAGUGCACAAUGCGGCCCCGCUCAGAUCAGACCGUUGCUGCGAUACGCGCGACAGAGAUUUAGCGCUUUGCAAGUGAAGUAGUAAGGUCGUUCAAUAGUAGCGUAGGUCGUUGCAACGAAGUUAGCGCCGGGGCUGGAAAAGUUUGCCA